GUUGUCAUCAUCGAGGAACUUGUUAGUUACUAGGCAAGAAGUCAAGGAAAAAGAAACAAUCCGCUGUUGGAUCUUUUUUUUAUCGAUGUGAUGAUAAUUUCUUAGGAAACUAAUUUAUAUUUUAUUUAGCAAUAGUUUCAUUUGAAUCACUUGAUAGGCAAAGGUGUACAUUGUCAAAAAGUGAUAGGCAAAAGUGUACAUUGUUAAAAUGUGACAGGCAAAAGUGUACAUUGUCAAAAUGUGAUAGGCAAAAGUGUACAUUGUCAAAAUGUGAUAGGGAAAAGUGUACAUUGUCAAAAUGUGAUAGGGAAAAGUGUACAUUGUCAAAAUGUGAUAGGCAAAAGUGUACAUUGUCAAAAUGUGAUAGGCAAAAAGUGUACAUUGUCAAAAUGUGAUAGGCAAAAGUGUACAUUGUCUAAAUUUUCAUGUUAUCUGCUUGUUAGCUGUUUUUGGUUUUUAAAAGACUUGUCGUUAGACUCGUGGAAUGACGGAACUAUUUGUUUUUCCUUGGAAAAAAUUUCAUACAUUUAUCUUUAUAUUAAAGUUGGCAGUUAGUGACUUCAUUAACACAUACUAAGCUAACUAUUCAUACUCAGUCGUGUGGUGUGUACAGAAUUAAACAGUUACUUUCUUUUUAACCAAUUAUACAAGGAUUUAUAACAUGGACUAAAGAAAUGCCGGUAACUAGGAAAGCAGCUAUUGAUGACGUCAUUUCCGCUACUUUGGAGUUCCUGGUGACAACCACAACCGCUGACUGUGGAGAAGGAACUCUCGAAUGCAGCAGUGGUAGGAAGUUGAGCCACAAAGACGUACCCACUGAAGCUGUCGCCUUCUUGGGAGCAGUGCUGGUGUUCGUCUUCCUGCUGGUCAUCUUCUUCCUCUACCUGAACAGGUCACUGUGUUUCUCGGAUUGCGGUGGCUUCCCCUGCAUUGACAAGGUGCCUCAGAAAGAUAACUUCUUGGGCGCUGCCUACCAGUACGACGAAGAGAGUUCAAGUGACAGCGAGGACGAGGUGUUGAAACACUACAACUCCACUGUGGUCAGAGCCAACAGCAUUCGAAGUCUGAAGAGCAGCAAAAGUGGCAAGAGUAAAAAGAGCGCCAGAAGUGGCCCAGCAGACGACAUUCAUACAGCCUCGAAAGGCAGUUUGAUUGAGUCCGAUGUCACGCCUAAGGCUGGACAGAGCGACGUGGCGAGCAGACUCUCUUACAAUGCCGAAACGGACACGGAGCGUGCUGUCCUGACCAAAGGGGACCUCGUUGAACUCGCCACGGACAACGCCCCUGCCAGGGCGGAGGUGGUGACCUUUGAGAACCAGGCUUUCAUGGCAGACGGCGGCGAGGACAUGUCAGUCAGUGAACGCCUCACUAGUGAUGAACAUCUGUUUGACGUGAGUGACCUUCAACACGAGUCCUCCCUCAUCUCUAAAUGUGGGAGUCUGGAAGUGACCUUUCUGUACGACAACACUCACAGCCGCGUGGUGGUCAAGAUCCACCAGGCCAGGGAGAUACCUACUAAAGACAGGGGCGGGGCCAACAACUCACAGGUCCGGGUCAUGCUAUUGCCCAGUAAAAGGCAAAGACACAAAACGAAAGUGAAAGAAGGAGACUGUCCGGUGUUUGAUGAGAAAGUCUACUUUAACAAAAUUCUGCCUGAUGAACUUCCGGGGAUGGGUUUACGGUUCAGACUCUAUGGAGUAGAACGCAUGCGCAGAGAACGAAUGAUCGGUGAAAGUAUUGUGGGAUUUGCUUCUUUAAAUCUGGAACAAGAGACCACACACUGGAUAGUUUUAGAACCCCGAAGUAAUUUGAGUCAUGGGGACUCUGGCUUUGACGUGUCUAGCUUAUCCCGUAGUGACAGUGGCUCGUCCAAUCAAUCUCUACAGCAUGGAGGAAUGCCCGAACUGCUAAUGGGCCUGGCCUACAAUGGCACCACUGGGCGACUGUCUGUGGAGGUCAUAAAGGGAAGUAACUUCCGCAAUAUGGCCAUGAACAGGGCACCAGAUACUUAUGUGAAACUGAGUCUGAUGAACUCAGCGGGUCAAGAAGUCCAGAGGUGCAAGACGUCCAUUCGUAGAGGUCAGCCAAACCCUCUGUUUAAAGAGACCUUCAUGCUUCAGGUGGCCUUAUUUCAAUUACCGGAAGUGACGUUGAUGGUGUCGGUGUACAACAAGAAGAGUAUGAAGAAGAAGGAAAUGAUUGGUUGGUUUUCUCUGGGUCUGAACAGCAGUAGUGAAGAAGAGAGUUCCCACUGGAUGGAUAUGAGAGAAAGUAAAGGGGAACAAGUCUGUAGAUGGCAUAUAUUGUUGGAGUCCUAGUUCUCUCUCUUGCAUAAUUACAUUUUCUAUGAGAAAAAUUGUACAUUUCGAAGCAUGCAGCUUUUCAUAGCUUUUUUUGUUCUUUAGGUUUGGGGUUGUCGGGCCCACUGGAUGAGUAGAUCAAGUAAUAUAAAUUGGUGUAUGGCUUUAAAUAAAUGUAACAAAAGACUUUAAAAACACUUAGCUUCAAACAGUUAUGGCUUCAGAUAUGAGAGCUUCAGAUAAACUUGGCUUCGUGUUAUGAUGCCAUGAUCAAAAGCCAUGAAAAUUGAAUAUGUUCCUCUAACUGUUGCUGAUUUUUAAAUCACUUCAUUUCGUAUCAACUUCCAUUCCCAGAUCAGCCUCCUUCCUCAGAAUUGGAAAUAGCAUAUUUCUUUUUGAGAACAGAACACACCAAUCAUUGCUUUGCGUUGAGACUCAUCGCCAUACCUUUUGCAAAGCCCAUUAAAAAGUAGAACUUGCUUUAAAAAGAAGGAUUAUUUUCCCAGAGUUAAGGAAUGAAAAAACAAACCACUCCUCACCAAUGAUCUGUUCUGUAUGCUAACAGUUCAUUUAACCAACACUUGAUUUAUUGUUACCUUUCUGACCAUGCGCAAUGUACUUGGUACUGAGGUCAACCAACUGGAGGGUACUGUUCCCUGUUGACCUCUCUGUUUCCUCUUGCAGACGUUUCCACGAGGAUGCAAUGAUGAGUCUGAGAAAAUGUACCCUGGCAUAUCUACAGACAGUAAUCUCACUCCUUAGGAGAGUAAUAUGCAUUUUCAAACGCCUCAAAGAAUUGUAACCUAGACAUUGCUGCCGCAUCUACUAAGGCUGAUUAACACUGUGGUUCAAUGGUGAAGUUUAAGAACAGCUAUCAAGUCUGCUCACCAUAUAAAACAUCAUUCAACUUAUGGUAGACUUAAUAAUUCUCUUUCCUAAAUUUUAUAAUGAAACAUAACAAUGCAGCGUUUCCUUUUUUUGUAAUAUUACAAACUAAUUCUUGUCUCUAUAUGUGUACAUUAUUUUAAUCUAUGUACAGUACCAUACGCUUUAAAAACAAUAACAUACUGAUGAAGUUUUUUUUUGUUUUGAUUUGUUUUGUUAUUUUCUGGAUGAAACUUCUUUGAUUUCUCAAUAUAACAUUUUAGCUAGUAAAAGAAAUUUGGGGUUGAUAAAACAUAAAAAAAACAAGGUAAUUUACUGUUCAGGAUCGAUGUAAAUUUAAUUUUAAAAAUAUAAACAACUAAAAAUAUUAAAGAAUUAGUAGGAGGUUAGUAGUAAAGUCCCCCUU